AUGGAACAGAGGAACCAGAGUGGCAGAGUCACUGAGUUUGUGUUAUUAGGCUUUCCAGCUCCUGAGCCACUGCGGGCGCUGUUGUUUGCCCUUUCUCUGUUGGCCUAUGUGUUGGUGCUAACUGAGAAUAUACUCAUCAUUAUGGCAAUUAGGAGCCACCCUGCCCUCCACAAACCCAUGUACUUCUUUCUGGCUAAUAUGUCCUUCCUGGAAAUCUGGUAUGUUACUGUCACCAUUCCCAAGAUGCUAGCUGGCUUUGUUGGAUCCAAACAGGGCCAUGGACAACGAAUCUCCUUUGAAGGCUGCAUGACACAGCUCUACUUUUUCCUGGGUCUGGGCUGCACUGAGUGUGUCCUUCUUGCUGUUAUGGCCUAUGACCGCUAUGUGGCCAUCUGCCACCCUCUCCACUACCCUGUCAUUGUCAGUGGCCAACUGUGUAUACAGCUGGCAGCUGGCUCCUGGGCUGGAGGUUUUGGCAUCUCCAUGGUUAAAGUCUUUCUCAUUUCUCGCCUCUCUUACUGUGGCCCCAACAUCAUUAACCACUUUUUCUGUGAUGUCUCCCCAUUGCUCAACCUUUCGUGCACUGACAUGUCCACAGCAGAGCUUACAGACUUUGUCCUGGCCAUCUUCAUCCUGCUGGGACCACUCUCUGUCACUGGGGCCUCCUACAUUGCCAUCACUGGUGCCGUGAUGCGCAUUCCCUCAGCUGCUGGGCGCCAUAAAGCCUUUUCUACUUGUGCCUCUCACCUGACUGUGGUGGUCAUCUUCUAUGCUGCCAGUAUUUUCAUCUAUGCCCGUCCAAAAGCACUUUCAGCUUUUAACACCAACAAGCUUGUCUCAGUACUCUAUGCUGUCAUUGUACCAUUGCUCAACCCCAUAAUUUACUGCUUACGCAACCAAGAAGUCAAGAGAGCCCUACGCCAUACUCUUCACUUUUAUCAGGGCCAGGAUACUAAGUCUGGGAAAGCUAACAGAGAUGGGUAG